AUGGGCAAGCCCGUCAGCACAUGCCACCUCAAUGACUAUCCUCUCCAGGCCCCCUGCCCCUCACCUCGACCCAAGCCCGGAAACCAGAAGGUACCAUCAAGAUCCCGGUUCCUCGGUGCUCCAGGAUUGCUGUCAAAAGAAGGUGGCCAUCAACACUCAGAUAUAGCUGAUACCACAAGGCUGACUGUCCCUGAUUGCACGCUUUCCCCUGAGAACUGUGGACCGACGAGAGUCAGUGUUGGUGUUGAUACUCAACUGGAUUUAUUGGAGUUGAAAAAACCUAUAUUAAGCAGUUCCCCUACAACAAAACUUCCCAGUAAGAUUGAGACUGAUGAAGCUGUCCUUCAAAGGAGACAGAAGCAAAUUGACUAUGGCAAAAACACCAUUGGUUACCGGCGUUAUCGACAAGAAGUUCCCAGAUCUGAAAGAAUACCAGAAAUUCACCCUCGCAGCCCCAACAAAUAUAGGAAAUACAGUCGGCGGUCUUGGGAUAUGCAGAUUAAAAUCUGGAGGCGUGCACUUCAUGCAUGGGAUCCUCCUGCGGAGGUCACAUUUCAGAAAGAAAAUUACUAUGAUCCAACACACAGUAUGCUUAAUCCUUGGUUAGAUGGUAUAGAGUCCCUUCAAGGUUUAGAAGCUGAUCUGUUUGACCUACAGAUUUCAGAUGUGUAUAAUAUGGGCUAUCCUCCUGAAGAAGCAUCUCCGAGUUACUACGACUGGUUACAGCACUAUGACUAUACAGAACCUCAUGGUCAUCCCUACUGGAUUGGUCAAUAGUUAUUUCUGAAGGAGACGCAAUCGCUCUGUUCACCUUGCACUGCUUGGAUUACAGCUUGAUUGGUUUGCGCACAAAUUAGUGGACAAAAUCCUUUGUUUUUACCACAGUCAUACAUUAAUGAAGUAUCCGUUUAACACAAACUUGGUGUACCCUUCAGCCUAAUUUCAUUCUGAUUUAUGCAUGUAUUUGUAUGUUGUAUCACGUUUCCAUUAAUCUCUCUUGGGAA